ACGCGUCUCAAAAAUCCCAUCUGUAUCCUCUCCGCAAUCCGCUCUCCUCCGCCCCCUCCUCGAUUAUAAUUCCCCGACCUUGACAACCCCCUAUUGUCCAAUCCCUCUCUUCUCUCUCUCUAUUCGUCCCUCGAUGGGCUGCAGUCAAUCCCAUCUCGAUCCCCAUAGGGUUGCGGAAGAGAGUAGGAAGAAGGCGGGAUUAGGGCCAUGGUCGGGAGACGAUGUCAAAGCCGGUAGGAAGGCCGAUGACGGGGAGGAGAGGCCCGGAUCCCCCAGCUUUAGGUUUUAUUUCGAGGGGCCGUGGAUCGACAAAGACUCCGCCAAGGUUGCAGAUGCAGGAGAAGACCAUGGGAAGACUGAUGACAAGAAAGAACGUAUUCUGCACCCAACUGAUAAAACCAUCAAAACUUUGGCCACAAGCAAGGUCAGGAAUCCGAGGGCAAAUCAUCAAAGGACAAAGGAAGGAAAUCGAAAGUUUUAACAAAGGGCUCCCGUGGGAUGAAUCAACGAUAACCAAAGUCCAUCAUGUGAAACCAUGUCAUUGUGCUGAAGAAAUUAUAGGAGAUGCUACUUGUUAGGGCAAACAUUCAGCCUUUUGUGAAACAAAACUUGCAUAUUAUGGCUUCUAAAAGAUUUGAAGUCGAUUACAUUGAUGCUCUGAUUU